AUUAUAAACCAACAUGUCGGUUGACUUGCAAAGUAAAACAUCUUUGUGCCAUUACACAGAGGAAAAUGUGCAUAAAAUAUUGGAAAUCCAUGGAAAGAAAUUGAAGGACUUGGAAAUCGAUUUGGAAACAAUCAAGCAGUGGUUUAAAAUGCAACCACACAUUCCAGAAACACCUAGUGAUAGAUUAAUAGUUUCAUAUUUGAUUAUGAAUAAGUUUUCCAUUGAGAAAACUAAAUCCAGAUUGGAAAUGAACUAUUCCAUUCGAAAUGUUAUGCCUGAGUUUUAUUGUCCAUUACAUCCCAAAAUACUAGAAUCAUAUAGAUAUUGUAAGCUCAUUGCUAUGCCGAAACUAACGAAAGAUUUACGAAGGCUUUGUAUCAUAAAAUACGAAGAUGAGCCUAGUUUCGAUGUGACCAUUAUAUUUUCACGCGUAAUCAUGUUUUUUGAACUCCUCGCCAUGUACGAUAUAAACAAUGGGGAUGAAUAUAUUUCUGACUGUAGAAAUGUAAACCUUUCAAUAAUUACUAAAACUAAACCCACAGAUUUCAAAAAAAUGGUUGCUCUUUUCGACAAAGUGUAUGCAAACAGAUUUUCAGUUAUACAUACUGUUAAUUUGUCAUCUGUCGGAGUAUCAGUAUUCAAUAUGAUUAAAUCUCUUAUGAAACCUAAACUACGUGAAAGGAUGCUCAUGCAUAAAGAUAUUGAAUCUUUAAAACAAUAUUAUAGCUUGGAUAUCUUACCAAAAGAUUAUGGUGGAUCUUGUAAGAGCUUAGACGAGACUGCAGAUGAGCAUAAUACAUUUCUGAAAGGUCAUGAUGAAUUUAUCGAAAUGGAUAAAAAUUCGUGUUGAUGAAAAAUUGAGACCAAAACCGUUGAUCAAUGACGAUAUUCUUGGUUAUUAUGGGAAUUUUAAAAAAC